AUGACCCUUCUUCUCCGACAAGAACAUCACCAUGUGGAGGCCACUCUCGGUUUGGAUCUUUCCUACUUCCAGGGAGAUGUUCCACAAAGCAGUUGGAAUUGUUUGAAACAAAACGGUAGAGAAUUUGCAAUUAUUCAGGCACAGACUCAAUCUGGACAUGUCAAUCCCUAUAUUGUGAAUGAUAUUAAUCGUGCAAAGGCUGCUGGAAUUCAAUAUGUGGAUAUUUACAUCUUUCCGAAUGUGAAUAUGGAUCCAGCAGAACAAGUGAGAAAUACUGUUAAUUUUGUCAAACAAAAUGGUGGAUCAUUUGGUCAGAUUUGGAUUGAUGUGGAGGGACCACAAUACUGGUCAAGCAAUUGUAAUAACAAUGUUGCUUUCAUUUCCAAGAUGGUCAAUGCUGGACAUGCUGCUGGUUAUCCAACUCAUAUUUAUACUUCAAAUUCUCAAUGGAGUCCAAUUACUUGUGGAAGCACUGCAUUCUCACAUUUGCAAUUGUGGUAUGCUCAUUAUGAUGGAAGAGCAUCUUUUGAUGAUUUUUAUGCAUUUGAGGUUGGACUAGACCAUCAAUCAAGCAAUAUCAAGGAACUACUAACAUUUGUGGUACUUCCAUUGAUGAAAACUUUUAUUAAAAAAGAGCAAUUAAUUAGGCCUGAAACAUUCAAACUGAGUGUUAUGAAUACUAAUAAACUUUGGCUCUUUUUGGAAUGA